CCGAGUCCGGGAGGGACGCAUUUCACCAGCUCUCCGCUGACCCCCAGCCCCCGCCCCGCCCAUGGCCGCGCCGGGACCCAGCGCCUUACGGGCCGCGCUCUGUGGUGGCUGCUGCUGCCUCCUCCUGUGUGCCCAGCUCGCUAUGGCUGGUAAAGGAGCUCGAGGCUUUGGGCGGGGAGCCUUGCUCCGCAUGAACAUCUGGCCAGCUGUCCAGGGGGCCUGCAAACAGUUCAAGCUCUGUGAGCAUUGUGUGGAGGGGCACAAAGCACACAACAUCUCGGGCUGUGUGUGGGAGCAGUGUCAGCCAGAAGAACCAGGACACUGUGUGGCCCGAGCUGAGGUGGUCAAGGAAGGUUGCUCUGUCUACAACCGCUCAGAGUCGUGUCCAGCUGCCCACCACCACCCCACCUAUGAACCAAAGGCGGUCACAACAGGGAGCCCCCCGGUCCCUGAGGCCCACGGUCCUGGCUUUGAUGGGGCCAGCUUCGUUGGGGGCGUCGUGCUCGUGCUGAGCCUGCAGGCAGCGGCCUUCUUCGUCUUGCGCUUCCUCAAGGCCAAGGACAGCACCUACCAGACACUGAAGCCGAGUGGAGAGGCCAUAGAGGGUGAUGGAGGCGAGGUCAGCCGCUGGAGCCUGACUGCUCUGUGUGAACUGGAGGAGGUUAUUUCCCGGCUCUGGCCCUGCUUCCCCAUCUGUACAGCAGUGUCCGUGUCAGUGGGAUGUGGGGAAGAUUCAGAGCAGAUGCACAUGUUCCAUCCGCAUUCCGGACGCCAUCACCCCACAACCUUCGCGCUACUUCCUGCCCCAGGCCCAGCCUCCCCGCACGCCAGCUGGAAGGGCACUGCGGGACCCUGGGGCCCGCAGCAGUUCCGGCUCCUCCGUGGCCUCGCAGGGAGCUCACCUGCCCACUCGUGCCACCAUCGACAUGCCUAACAGUCACCUCCUCGCCUCUCCCCUUCCACACUCACUUCCAUCAAAGUGAUGGCAUCAAAGCCCCCAUCUCAUCAGCCAUCAGCCUCCCCUUGGAGCACCCCUUUCUCCAUACUCGGAUCUGCCUCUUGUUCUCAGCCUGUCUGGCUUUCUCUCUCCUCCAAGCCUUUGUACACAGUUUCUCCAGCCCGGAUUGCCCUCCCUUGGCUUCUGCAGCCAGCACUUAGUGCUGGCAGGGAUAAUGCCCAUCCUUUCCAGAGCUGAGAGAGGAAAUACCCCCACCUCCUCCUGAUUCUACAGUCAGUUAAGGAAAUUUCUUUUGGAUGGUUGCUUUUUCCAAAGUGGUCAAUGCCUGUAAAAAACAAAAGGACUGUACCAAAUUUUCUAUAUAAAGAGUGAGAAACACUUUCCCCUUGGUCCCACUCCCCGGAAAUAAUUAUGCUUCAGGGGCACCUGGGUGGCUC